AUGGAGUGCAAACAAUCUUCUUCUCUCACUUUCUUUGCUCUUUUCAACUUGUUCUUGAUCAGUUUUGGCAGAUGGGUUUCUUCUGCACGCAUCUUUUUGUCCAGUUUCUUGCCUCUUCUUCAACACCACCAACGUGUGAGGAACCAAGACCAGAGUGUGAUCACAAACAUAGAAGCGCAAGAACAAGAAGAGGAAGAUGAUUAUCUCUCUAGAGAAGACGCAGAGAUUGUUAUGAGAAGUUUAGGUCUCUCUCCCGACCAAGAAAGCGACGAGCGUCUUCAAGAACGGUACAGUUCCAAGGAGAUUUCGAGUUUGUUCGAAGAGGAAGAGGCGAGCUUAGAGGAAGUGAAGCAAGCUUUUGACGUUUUCGAUGAAAACAGAGAUGGUUUCAUCGACGCAACAGAGUUGCAAAGAGUUUUAACAAUCUUGGGUUUCAAAGAAGGAUCAAACCUAGAGAACUGCUCGGUUAUGAUCAGAUCGUUAGAUGGAAACAAAGACGGAAGAAUUGAUUUCAACGGAUUUGUUAAAUUCAUGGAGAGUAGCUUCUGCUAA